AUGCCGUCAUGGUGGGGAAAAUCUUCCUCCAAAGAAGUGAAGAGGAAGCCAAAUAGGGAAAGUAUUCUUGAUACACUACUGCAGAAAUCAAAGAAUGCUUCUGAAGACAAGUGCAAUGAUAAACCAGGAGGAUCUAGGAGACAUCGAAGGGACACUAUCUCAGAAAAGGGAUCUAGAUCCAUCAUACCUUCAAGAUCACCAUCACCCAAUACACAUGUGUCUUGCUGUCAAAAUUUUGCAGAAAGGCCUCAUCCUCGGGCACUCCCAUUGCCAUGCUUUCACCUUCCUACUGUCAGUGAUACAAAUUCGGAAUUUAGUUUAGCAUCAAAACUGGAAAAAGCCAGAGGCUCUAAGCCAUCUAAUUUUCCCCUACCAAAACCUGUUUAUAUAUCUAACAGGGGAGAACCCAAAGAUGAAGAGGGAGAUACCGCCGCUGCAUCUGUUUAUAGUGGCAGCUCAAUUGAUAGUGAUAACUUGUCUGAUUUGCAUCUUGUUAGUACUCUGGCAUCUGACUUUGAAAAUGGAAACAUAGCCACCAUUAACAAUUCUUCCAGUGUUGUGCACAAGGAUCGAUCACCUAGUACUAUUCAGAGAAACUCAAGAGCAUCCUCAAAACCAGCUCCUUUGCAUCUGCAAAUAGCUCGACCAGGUGGUUUAUGUAGUGCUCCAGAUAGUUCAAAGUCAAGUCCUUCUAGCAAUCGAAUGAGAGCAUGUGGUCCUGAGCAAGUGUUGAACACCGGAUUCUGGACAGCAAAGCCUUAUCCAGAUAUAGCUUCUGGGCACUACUAUAGUCCCAGUUCAGGCCAUAAUUCUGGUCAAAAUUCAGUUGGUGGGGAUCUGUCAGGACAGACAUUUCAGCAGCAUAAAAGGUGCAGCGCUGAAUGUUCCCCAAUACCCAGUCCCAGAAUGACAAGCCCUGGCCCCAGUUCCAGGAUACAUAGCGGUGAUGUUUCCCCUCUACAUCCACGAGCUGGAGUUGCAGCUGCAGAAUUGCCUACAAGACGUCCUGACAAUGUGAAACAACAAACUCAUAGGUUACCCCUUCCUCCAAUAACAGUCAAUAAUUGUUGUCCAUUUUCUCCAACAUAUUCUGCAACUCCAUCAGCCCCUCACAGUCCUGGCAGUGCAGAAAAUCCAACAAGCCCAGGUUCACGCUGGACAAAGGGGCAGCUGCUUGGAAGGGGAACGUUUGGACAUGUAUAUCUUGGUUUUAACAGAGAAAGUGGUGAAAUGUGUGCCAUGAAGGAGGUAACCCUUGUUUCAGAUGAUGCUAAAUCAAAGGAAUGUGCGCGGCAACUUGGCCAAGAAAUUGCACUCCUAAGUCAGUUACGGCAUCCAAAUAUUGUCCGGUAUUAUGGAUCUGAGAUGAUAGAUGACAAACUUUAUAUAUACUUGGAGUAUGUCUCUGGUGGGUCUAUCUAUAAACUGGUUCAGGAGUAUGGCCAGUUAGGUGAAAUUGCCAUUCGUAAUUAUACUCGGCAAAUUCUGUCAGGACUUGCAUAUUUGCAUGCUAAGAACACAGUUCACAGGGACAUUAAAGGAGCAAACAUAUUGGUGGACCCUAAUGGGUGGAUAAAAUUGGCAGAUUUUGGGAUGGCAAAGCAUAUUAGCGGGACACCUUGUCCAUUUUCUUUCAAAGGAAGUCCUUACUGGAUGGCACCUGAGGUUUUAAAAAAUCCAAAUGGUUGUAAUCUAGCUGUUGAUAUAUGGAGUCUGGGUUGCACUGUUUUGGAGAUGGCAACCACAAAGCCUCCUUGGAGCCAGUACGAAGGGGUUGCUGCUAUGUUUAAGAUUGGGAAUACCAUGGAACUUCCUACAAUUCCAGAUCAUCUAUCAGAAGAUGGAAAAGAUUUUGUCAGACAUUGUUUGCAAAGGAAUCCACUAAAUCGCCCCUCAGCGGCUCAACUUCUACAGCAUCCGUUUGUUAAAAAUGUUUCGCUGGAAAGACCCAUUCUGACUGCAGAUCCUUUGGAAGCACCACCUGCUGUUAUAAAUGCACUGAGAUCUCUGGCCAUUGGACCUGCAAAACAUAAUUUAUGCUUAGACUCAGAAGUGGCUGGUAUCUAUCCGCCUAGAAGCUUGAGAACUGGUUCUGGAUCGAGCGACGCCCAUACACCAAUGAACAUCCCAUGUCCCGUUUCUCCCUCCUGUAGCCCUCAUUUUCCUUCUAGAUCAUUGCAUGUGACUGCAAGGAUGUCUCCCUCUCCAAUAGCUAGUCCUCAUGGUGCAUCUGGCACAUCUACACUGCUCACCAGUGGGGGUGAUGCAAUCCCAUUUCAUCAAACAAAGCAACCAUCAUUCCCAUGUGAAGCAGUGAGUAUGACUCAAAGGUCUCAGAAUGAUUUUUAUUCAAAUGUAAGCACUGCUUAUCAGGGUUCAAAGCAUGAUCAGUUUAGGAGAAAUAGACGAGGUACUCAUGCUUGCCGGGAUGUAAUGUCAUCUGAUAAUGAUGCCCGUGCAAGCCAUGAUGUGAAGGCUGUCCAGGGUGGCCCUAGAGAAAUUCAUGACCAGAAGUCAAAUUUGGCUGAUUGUUUGUCGCACCAGGUGUUGAGGGAUUAUACAAAGCUAAAUACAUCCCGGGAUGUUAAGCCGGGUGCCCCUAUGCUUGGUCGCAUAAAUGGCAUUUAACUUGCCUUCAGCUAAAUUUGGAUACUUAGCCAAACUUUAAUUUUGUUGUGGAUAUGGUCUGGACAAUAUCAUCGAUUUUACAGAGGACAGAUUAAUUCUGUCCUGAGAAAAACAUUUUUUUUUAGACCUUUUAGGAAAUUUACAUU